GGAUUGUCCUUCAUACAGGGAUAUUGCAGCAUGAAGAAGGAGCAAGUUGUCAACUGCCAGUUUUCGGUUUGGUAUCCGAUAUUUAAGAAACAUACGAUUAAAAGUCUGAUUCUUCCACUGCCUCAGAAUGUAAUAGACUAUUUACUGGACGAUGGGACACUGGUAGUCUCUGGGAGUGACCACAACACACAGCAGACACAAACUAACAACAGCGACUCAGAUGCAGAGGAAGACAUUCAGUGGUCAGACGAUGAAACAACUACAACAGUCACUGCUCCUGAGUUUCCAGAGUUCACCUCUAAAGUGCUGGAGGCCAUAAACAACCUGGGUGGGCGUGUAUUCCCUAAACUCAAUUGGAGUGCACCGCGGGAUGCGAACUGGAUCGCUCUGAACAGCUCCCUGCAGUGUCGCAGCCUCAGUGAUAUAUUUCUGCUCUUCAAAAGUUCCGACUUCAUCACGCAUGACCUCACGCAGCCAUUCCUUCAAUGCAGCGACCAGGACUCCCCAGACCCAGUCAUCAACUAUGAGCUGGUCCUGAGGAAGUGGAGUGAGCUGAUUCCUGGCGGCGAGUUUCGCUGCUUUGUCAAAGAAAACAAACUGAUCGCUAUCUCCCAGAGAGACUACACGCAGUAUUACCAGCACAUUCUGAAGCAGGAGGAGCAGAUAAGCCAAGCCAUUCAGGACUUCUUCAGCCAGCACAUCCAGUACAACUUCCUGGAUGAAGACUUUGUGUUUGAUGUUUACAGAGACAGCCAGGGGAGGGUGUGGCUCAUCGACCUGAACCCAUUCGGAGAGGUGACAGACUCGCUGCUGUUCACCUGGGGCGAGCUGACGUCUGGAGAGGUCGCAGAGCAGCAGGAAGGGCCGGCGUUCCGCUACACCACCAGUGAGGUGACGGUGCAACCCAGCCCCUGUCUAAGCUACAGAAUUCCACGGGAUUUUGUCGACCUCUCCACAGGAGAGGAUGCAUACAAACUCAUCGACUUCCUCAAGCUGAAGAAAAGCCAACAGGAAGAGUCUGAGGAGGAGGAAGAAGAAGAGCAGGAGAAUGCGCCACAGUGACAUCAGUGUCGUCAGCUCUUCAUAUAAAAUCUGCAUGAAGUGACUCUUCACCCUCUCUUCUGUUUCAGCACUGGUUCCUUCUACUUUUUUGGUUUUUUUUUAAAAUCUCAGAAUGGUACGCGGUGUACCCGGGAUUUCCUAAAUAGCUCCUUCACAUUAGUCGAAUGGAGCAUGUUAAAUUAGCAGAUCAUGUUACCCGUUCCUUAGGGACUCAUUUUCCGUCGACACUGCCUAGCGCCUUAUUGCCGAUCUUAAUAGAGGCCUCUGCCGUGUCGAGAGGUUGGUUAUUUCAGUUUUUGUGGGGGCGGGGACUGUGUUACUGUAAAAUUAUGUAUUCAUUAACAAUGUAAAGAAUGUCUGCGUUUAUACUUUGAGCCUGUGCAGUAGCCUGUGUAUCUGUAUCACGUCUCAAAAACAGUCUCUCUUGGUUUGAAAUCAAUCUGAUCUCCACACACACUCACACACACACACACGUGUGUCAGUUUGUUUCUUUAUCUAUGGGGCUGACAGACUUCUCUAUUUAACACUAAAGCCCUUCAUCACUGAGUCAACUUUAAUUUUCUUGCCAGAAAUCCCAGCUCCUCCAUCUUUCCCUGCCAAUUUCCUCUGAGCAGUUUUGACACAGUCAUUGCUCCCGGUGCUCAUUUGGAGUCCUGUUAUUUCUUUUUUUUUUCUCCCCUCAUCAGGCAUCAGUUUAGACUGUUGCUCCAAAGAACACCAUUAAACUUCUUUGUCGUGUAUUGACUCGGCUGUCAGUCUGGUGGGUGCUGUAAACCAGCACAUUAGAAAUUGAUUGCACUUUUACGCAACAGCUCUCAUUACCCCGAGAGCUAAAUGGGCUGCGCACGCACGACACAGGGCAGUACUUUGUUUCUUUUCUUUUUUUUCCUUUUCCUCUUCACUGGAUUGAUGGAGCAAUUAUGGGGAGAUGAAAGAGUGGGUGUCAGAGGUACAGCUCGCCAGGUAAACCGCUGUGGACGAACAGCAACAGUGUGCAUGACACAGAUAUUGUGAAUACGCCUUGCCACUUGUCAUCAUUAUGAAACUGAAACGUGUCUGUAAACAUCCAGUUUGACCUGCGACUGAGGACGAGCUUGUCUGCUGAAAUGUGACACGUGGUAUUUGCCGUUGGGGGGAGGGGGCAAAUCACAAAAUCUGAUCGUGAUCAUCAAGACUGUAAAUAAAAGGGUAAAUACAAAGCUUA